CUCAUAUUGUAAAUUUUCCCAAUUAGUGCUUGUAUCAUAUUCCGCUGGAACGGAGCCAUUGACACUCAAAUCAAACACGUAAAAACAGCCGGUAGUACUGCCAUAUAUUACAUGGAGAUCAAACAACCUGUCGCCCACCGAUACAUGGAUGCAUGAGCUAGAACCAACCUCUGAAAAAUUCAAAUUGAAUACACAUCCAACUAUCUUAUUUCUUCUCCUUAAGCUUAAUUAUUUGUCUCGAUUAGUAAUUAUUUCAUCAAUAAUCAAAACCAAAUCACAACCCGAGACUAAAGGGGAAAGUAGUGGACGCCAACCAGGACCCACCUGCAAUAAACCGACCUGCCGUAAACCCUGCCGCCUCCGUGUCACUGGUAAUUACCUUAUGCCCCUUCCACUUAAUCCUCCCGUUGGUUGCCGCUCCGGCCCCGGUGUUCUUAUGCUCACCAUAAAACAAUGUGUCGAGGGCAAAAUUGCCAUCCCACUCGUGCCAUCCCGUGGGGUGGACGACAUCGCUUAUGGUGGACUGCAUGAUCACCGUCCUCGCAUACUGCUUCCACGGCCUCCCCAAGUAAGUGCCGAAGCUGCCCUUCACGGCCUGGAGAUCCGACGUGCCGCCGAUUCGACAUUUCUGGAUCACGAUCCCGGUGUUCUGGUUAGGGUCGGUCCGGCCGUGGGCAGUCAACAUGUUCUUCUGGCCCGAGUUGGGUCGGCGGGCGUGGAUGUCGCAGUUCUGGAAGACAGCGGCGGAGUUGCCGAAGAUGAAGUCGACGGUGCCAACGACGAUGCAGCUGUGGAAGAACUGGCGGUUGGAGUGGACGUACAAUGUGUCCUGGUAGGCUAGGAAGUCGCAACGGUAGAAUGCUGCCAGGUCAGCACCAACUCGGAGCGCCACGGCUUGGUGCUUUGAUGGCCCCGCUGUGUUUUGAAAGGUUAUGUCUCUCGCUAGAAAUCCCUGGCCCACCACCGCUGUUCCACCAAACAAGAGUAAACAAAUUCUUAUUGAGUUCCCAAAACAUCAAUCCAUCAUUAUGUUUCAUCUUAUUAUGUAGAAUAUAAUUAUUUUUAAAAUCUUCAGAAUUAAUGUAUAGAAAAUUUCUGUCAGGAAGAAUCCUUGGUCCAACAAUUCAAUUUAUAAGGAGAGAUCUAAUAAUGAAUCUCAUGCAAUUACUAAUAAUUUCCUGUAAUUGCACCAAAUGGCAUGGGAUAAACGCAUGAAAGAAAUUAAUGAGAGCGGCAAUACAUAAACUUUCACAUUAGUAUUCGCCUAUUUGGAUUAAGAAAAUUAUGAAGAAUUAUGUAUUCUCAAAAUCCAAAAAGUGAACAUACAUAGGUAGUUAGCUAUCAAUCAACCUUUACCAUAUUUUGAUAUGUCAUAUAUUCAUAUGUAGGGAUUACUUAUAAUACUAGCUAGUACUAUCAAAGGGGACAAUUACAACUUGUAAGUAAUGGCCUCCAAUGUUGGUGCCAGAGUGGCAUCUUAGACUUCUCCUAUAUGUUUAUUUUUAAUGAAAAAAAGGAUAAGUAAAGAGACCCUCAAAUCAUGCCUUUGAUUUUUGUAGCUUUUUAAUUAAUAGGUAGAGCGUAAUGAUGCCUUUGAUUAAGGGAAUCAUGAUGACCAAGUGGAGAAUUAUUAUGCAUUGCUAUAACAGGAUAUAUAGUCAAGCAGCCAAAAGACAAAGGAGAGGGUUAAAGCAAAGACGUAGGAAAAAGUAAUAUUAUUUGUUGCUUUCUCAGAUUGGAUAUAUGAUAGUUGCCUCUCAAAGCUUAAUAGCCAUAUCAUAAUAACGUUCUCAAAAAGGUAGUAAAGCAAAAGGUGGAAAUUCAAAUGAUGCAAAGCAUAAGUUGUAUUUUUCUUCAUAAAAUAAAUAUGCACAUGCUCUACGUCCUACCCUAACAACAAACUCAUGAUUUUGGGUAAAAAUUGUAAAAUAAUACAGAAGGUUGUAUAAAAAAUUCAACAGUUGAAGUUUUUUACUAAAAUCGUGAUUCGAUCAUUUCAUAUUGUUUUUUUUACGGGCAUUUCAUAGUGUUAUAUACUACCUAUCAGAUUAAAUUUUGGCAGUAAAUUUUUUUUCGACCGGACGACCAAUACGGUGCAGUUUUUCGUGCGACUCUCUCUCUCUCUCUCUCCAUGUGUUCUUUAUGUUGCUAGUUGAAGGGAGAAUAUUAGGGAUGACAAUGGGUCGGGUCGGGGGCGGAUAGUGCAUAUCCAUUACCCUACCCAAAGUAGUUUGGGUUUUAUCCAUACCCAUACCCACAUGUGAAACAGGUAGAAAAUCAUAACCAUGCCCAUACCCGAUCGGUUUUCGGGUAUCCAUGGGUAUCCAUGGGUAAUAAUUUCUCAUCAUAACUCCAACCAAUACGUUAACAUUCACAUGUAUUCUCACUUUACGUAAGAUGAAAAAUACGACAAUAAUUCACUAGAAUGAAGAAAAUCAAUUAAA